ACUCAUAUGUCAACAAUUAAAAUUAGACUACAUGUGUAUUAUUUAGUAGGCUUUUUUCGAGUUCGAUGUGUCAAUAUUUAGUUUAGGUGGUUUUAGCUAUCUGUCUGUCACUAUAAAUAGUCGGUCUUGGAUUGGCAGAAGUCAGAAUUCGAUUCUCUCAUCCGCUGAGAACAACCAAACAAAAGCAAAAACUAGCCAAGAUGCGUUUCAUCUGUGUCCUAUUCCUUAGCUGUGUGGUGGCCUAUGCUUCCGGUGCAGGCACCUCCCCGAGCACGUCCCCAAGCACGUCCCCGAGCACCUCCCCGAGCACCACCCCAAGCACCUCGCCGGCCACCUCCACCCCAACCACCUCCACUCCAACCACUUCAACACCAAGCACUUCGACACCAACCACAUCCACAGCUACCACUGCAGCUCCAGCAAGUGAUGCCGCCACGACUACCACAACUGCAUCAUCCACAGCAACUACCACCACCGAAUCGACCACACCCAAGAAGAAGAAGCACGUCACCCACUGGAAGGUUAAGCGUCAUCAUAAGAAGAACAACAAGAACAAGAAGAAUGGUCACAACAAGAAGAAGAUCAUCCACAGACACCGCGCUUAGACGAGCCCUUUCUACAAUCUACAUGUUAAGGAUGCGAUGACUAAAUGAUGACUAAAUCAAGGAAUAUUGCUACUAUAUUGUUUUCUAGAUAUUUAAGUUUCAUAAUAUAACAAAUAAACAAAUUGUAAUUCUCAAAAAUUA